CGCUUUUUCGCUUAUAGCACUAUUGCUUACAUGCAGCGCUUUCGGUCGUUCGUCUUGACUGUAGCGCAAAAACGUUAGCAUCAAGACGAACGCCCCAUUUAAACGAAGCGAAAGCUAAAUAUGGCGGUGCAAUUAUUAACAGUUUCGGUACAGGAAUUGUGUGAUAUGAUAUUCUCAUCGUCUUCGUCUGAAGAAAGUGAGGAUGACGUGGAAGUAAUAAAUUUACUAUAUAUGCAAGAAAAAAAAGAAUUAGUUCCACGACUUUUAAACUAUGUAGAGGUUAUUUUACCACAAUAUAACAAUGCGCAGUUUAAAUCUCAUUUUCGAAUGCAGCGUUCGACAUUUAACUAUAUCUUUGAGCUUUUAAAGAACACACUAACAAGAAAAAAGCCUGGAUGUCAAACAAUAUCGCCCGAAAAGCAACUUUUAAUAGCUAUUUGGAAAAUGUCAACGCCUGAUUCAUACAGGUCGAUUUGUGAAAAAUUUAAUGUUGGACGUGCCACUGCUUUGAAAUCUGUGAGGAGAGUUGUGAAGGCUUUAAUUAAUUUUGCUCCAGUUUUUAUUAAAUGGCCUAAUGAAGAAAAAGCAAUUGAAAUAUCAAAUGGAUUUUUGCAAACAAGUGGUUUUCCUAAUAUUAUUGGAGUAAUAGAUGGAACACAUAUCAACAUUCGUGCUCCACAUCUGGAUCCAAAAUGUUACGUAAAUCGUAAAGGCCGCUAUUCAAUUCACUUACAGGCAGUGUGCGACCACCAAUGUCGUUUUACUCAUUGUUAUAUAGGAAACGUUGGUUCAGUUCAUGACAGCAGAGUAUUUCGGCUCUCAGAAGUUUACGAUUAUCUCGACGAUCCGACAAAAUUUCCACAUGAUUCACAUUUAAUUGGCGAUGGAGCUUAUACUAUUCAUGAACGUCUUCUUAUUCCAUAUCGUGAUAAUGGCCAUUUAUCUAACAGACAGAAGAAUUUUAAUUUCUGCCUUGCAUCAGCUCGAGUAACAAUAGAAAGAUCAUUCGGACUACUAAAAAAAAGAUUUCGAAGUCUGCUAACGUUACUUGAUAUGGAGCGAAUAGAUCUCAUACCUGAUUUUAUAUUAGCUUGUUGCAUUUUACAUAAUAUAUGUAUUAUAAGAGGUGAUGAUUUCUUACAUAUUGAUUAUGACAUUGUAAUUGAAACAGAUUCCGAGGUACAACGAAAUCCUACUCGUGCUGAACUCGCAGCAGCAAAUCGACGUGGUGUAAUAAAAAGAGAUUAUAUUUGUGAACAAUUACCAAUGCGAAUUAUAUAACAUUAUUUGUGUUUUAUAUAAAAAAGAGGACAAUAAAUUUCAAACUCAAUUCAACAUAUGUUUGUAUUCUUUAUUUCUUUCACAAG